CUCGAUCUCCCCGUGGUCCGACUCGCUUCUUAUCCCCCACCUCUCUCCCUUGGCCCAUGCUUGUCGGACAUGGUGAAUAUGAAUGAAUUUUUGACAUCAACCUGGAGGACAGUGUGUGGAUUGCUGGCACAGGUUUCUCCGUUAAAUGACACUUCUCUCUUCCUGUUUAUCCCCCCCCCCCCUCGCCGCCGCUGGGGGGUGUCAGACCGACAUCCUGUUCUCGACGCGGCUAGGCAAUAUAGGUUAAAACCGCGCGUCUUGUUCAGAGUUCACUGGGGUUCGUUCUCCUCCCUCCCUCCCCCAACGCUGUAUAUAUCAAGCUUCAGGCUUUCAAUGUGGAUGGCUGUACAUAAUACCAAGUGGAGCCGACGGGUAGUAGCAAUAUUACUAUUACUAUUACUAUUAGGCAGUGCCAUCGGUUAACACAUCUGAAUUUGUCAACCGAGAUUUCGCCAAGCGACCGACCACGUGAGAACGGUUUCUUUCUUUCUUUCCAGUUCACCGUCGUC